AUGAACGCGCAGCUGACCAUGGAGGCGAUCGGGGAGCUGCACGGGGUGAGCCAUGAGCCGGUGCCUGCCCCUGCCGAUUUGCUGGGCGGUAGCCCCCACGCGCGAAGCUCCGUGGCGCACCGCGGCAGCCACCUGCCCCCCGCGCACCCGCGCUCGAUGGGCAUGGCGUCCUUGCUGGACGGCGGCAGCGGCAGCGGCGAUUACCACCACCACCACCGGGCCCCCGAGCACAGCCUGACCGGCCCCCUGCACCCCACCAUGACCAUGGCCUGCGAGACUCCCCCAGGUAUGAGCAUGCCCACCACCUACACCACCUUAACCCCUCUGCAGCCGCUGCCGCCCAUCUCCACCGUCUCGGACAAGUUCCCCCACCAUCACCACCACCACCACCACCACCACCACCCGCACCACCACCAGCGCCUGGCAGGCAACGUGAGCGGUAGCUUCACGCUCAUGCGGGACGAGCGCGGGCUGGCCUCCAUGAAUAACCUCUAUACCCCCUAUCACAAGGACGUGGCCGGCAUGGGUCAGAGCCUCUCUCCCCUCUCCGGCUCCGGUCUGGGCGGCAUCCACAACUCCCAGCAAGGGCUCCCCCACUAUGCCCACCCGGGCGCCGCCAUGCCCACCGACAAGAUGCUCACCCCCAAUGGCUUCGAAGCCCACCACCCGGCCAUGCUCGGCCGUCACGGGGAGCAGCACCUCACGCCCACCUCGGCCGGCAUGGUUCCCAUCAACGGCCUUCCUCCACACCACCCACACGCCCACCUGAACGCCCAGGGCCACGGGCAACUCCUGGGCACGGCCCGGGAGCCCAACCCUUCGGUAACCGGUGCGCAGGUCAGCAAUGGAAGUAAUUCAGGGCAGAUGGAAGAGAUCAAUACCAAAGAGGUGGCGCAGCGUAUCACCACCGAGCUUAAGCGCUACAGCAUACCACAGGCCAUCUUCGCGCAGAGGGUGCUCUGUCGCUCCCAAGGGACCCUCUCGGACCUGCUGCGCAACCCCAAACCCUGGAGCAAACUCAAAUCCGGCCGGGAGACCUUCCGGAGGAUGUGGAAGUGGCUGCAGGAGCCGGAGUUCCAGCGCAUGUCUGCGCUCCGCUUAGCAGCCUGCAAAAGGAAAGAGCAAGAACACGGGAAAGAUAGAGGCAACACACCCAAAAAGCCCAGGUUGGUCUUCACAGAUGUCCAGCGUCGAACUCUACACGCGAUAUUCAAGGAAAAUAAGCGUCCUUCCAAAGAAUUGCAAAUCACCAUUUCCCAGCAGCUGGGGUUGGAGCUCAGCACCGUCAGCAACUUCUUCAUGAACGCGAGGAGGAGGAGUCUGGACAAGUGGCAGGACGAGGGCAGCUCCAAUUCGGGCAACUCAUCUUCUUCAUCAAGCACUUGUACCAAAGCAUGA